GAAUUUAGACCAAAGACACAGAAAACAAACAGUGUAAAGGUUGGUUACUGUGCAAAUUUAACACAGCAGAGCACUUACUUAUCAUCAACAGAGGUGAAUGUGUUUGGAGAAGGUGGUUGCAGCUACUUGACGGAAAAAUGGCAAAGAACAUCCUCUGCUUGUGGAGUUGUCUUUUUUCAGUAUUAAUUUACACCAGCGUACAUGGAGCUCUGGAACAGGAGACUGAAAACAACAUACAGAUAUUUGAGAACAACAACGAUUUUGCUUUCCGUCUGUACAAAAGCAUAGUGGCACAACCGGAUUCUCAGUCCAAGAAUGUGUUCUUCUCUCCACUGAGCGUGUCCAUGGCACUGGCUGCCCUUUCUUUAGGAGCAGCUGGUGAGACCCAUCAGCAGCUUUUCAGCGGACUUGGAUUCAAAAGUUCCAGCAGUGAGGAGGUGCACAAGGCCUUCCUCAAUCUCCUACAGACCCUCAAUCAGAGGACAGAUGUGGAUCUGGAGGUUGGCACUGCUCUCUAUGUCCAGGACACUUUUAGGCCUCAUGCUGAUUUUCUGGAGAAGAUGAAGCGUUUCUACCUUUCAGAUGGUUUCUCUGUUGAUUUCACCAAAACUGCAGAGACCACUGAGCAGAUAAACAAGUACGUCAGUGAAAAGACACGCGGCAAAAUUAGCAAGUUUAUUAAAGAUCUGGAUUCCAGAACAGUCAUGUACCUGCUCAGCUAUGUCUAUUUCAAGGGUAAAUGGCUCAUCCCAUUCAACCCCAAAUCUACUGAACAGAGGAACUUCCAUGUGGAUGAUGAAACUACUGUUCCCAUUCAAAUGAUGUAUAAAAAGGAUUACUUUGAUGCCUACUACGAUCAUCAGCUUUCUGCACAAGUCCUUUUUCUGCACUACAAUGAUUCGUUUUCCAUGAUGCUGGCUCUCCCAGAGAAGGGUCUCAGUGCUCUGGAGGAGACUGUAUCUCUACAACACAUAGUAAAGUGGCUGAGAUGGAAGAAGAAACAAAAAUAUGAGAUAUAUGUACCCAAGCUGUCCCUAAAAACAUCAUAUUCCUUGGAAAACAUUCUGACUGGAAUGGGAAUGACAGACAUGUUUACAAACAAAGCUAACUUCACUGGGAUUUCUUCUGAGGAAAAUCUGUUUGUGUCUGAGGCUGAGCAUCAAGCUAGUCUGGAUGUGGAUGAAACUGGGGCCACUGCAACUGCGGUGACUGGACUAGGCAUCAUGCCCUUUUCAUGGACCUACACUCCAGUUCUAGACUUCAAUCACCCAUUUAUGAUCUUUAUUGUUGACCGGAAAACAACAAACAUCCUCUUUAUGGGGAAAAUUGUCAAUCCAGCAAAAAAAGAUGCAAACCAAUAAGGAAAGUUUUGUCCUUUUGUUUAUUGAUUUGACGUUUUCUGAGCUAAUUGUAAUCAGUAACGUGCAUUAAACUGUACAGUUUCUCUCUGUACCUUUUGCAUGACUUUCAUAUAGCGCUGCAGUACUUCACUGAUGUUUGGUAUUAGUGUCUCUUAACUGUUACUUCUUAUUUCUGAUAAAGUUGAGACUGUCCUGGAAUUGGUAGAUAUGGAGGACCUUCUGGGUGUUUUUAUUGCUUUGACUUGUCUGUCCAGGUCAUCCUGAGCAGUAGAACUGUUAGAGGUCACCAAAUCUGUCAUUCAGCAAAACAACCCUGACCAUGACCACCACCUCACCAUCAUACAAAGCACAUCAGUUGAAUUUCAAUUUUUGACACAUUGUUCUGUCAUUCCACAACACAAAUGUCCAGUUUUUGGUCAUGUGAGUCCAUUUGUCUUAUUCUGCACCCUUGACCACUGCUUUAAUCACUAAUAUUCUUCCAUUUAGGCCUUCAUAUCUCUGAACAGUUGAUAUGAAAUGUACUUCUAGUAACAUUUAGGAGUUCUUGGGCAAGUACCUCCCAGUUUUGCUGACUCAAAUGUCCUUAGUUGAUUCUGAGCUUUGACCUGAAGAUGUCAAUACUUUCAGUUUUUUUGACUGGUUCUUUGUUUGUUUGUUUUUUGGGCCACAUUAAAUAAAGAAACUUACAAAAACU